AUGCCUCAUUAUCCUCGAAAGCGCAUAUCAGUCGCGUGCCAAUACUGUCGCCACAGGAAGCGACGAUGUGACGGAAUAAAGCCUCGGUGUAGUCUGUGUCGCGACUCUGAGAUUGAUUGUGAAUAUCCAAAAAUUGUUGAUCAGUACGCCUUGCAGCUCCGCGUGAGCUUAUCAUACCGCGAAGCUGACAGCUUCUGGUUCCUUCAAGGUCCCCUCGAAAAACUGAACCGAAGGGAAAUGGCCAACGGGCCCUUCUUCAUCGUCUGGAUCAGCUCAGAGCAAUCGUCAUAUACAGAAGAUAAUGACGAAGCUUGCGAAGAGAGUAAGUCCAGAAAUGAUGUGCGAUUCCCCUACGAAGCCCUCGCGGAAGAUCUGCCAUCACUACCCGAGGCGAUACCGUUUGACGAGGAAUUCAAUCUCAAGGAAAAUGGUCAUGAACGUGAAGACUCGCAAGCACGAGCCUCAGGAAUUACACAAAUAAACACCACUCUCGAACUACACAGUCCGCUAGAGCUAUUGGGUGACACACAACUGCAGCACAUAGCUUCGGGGUUAAGUUACGAUAGCACUUCGUGGCAAACUUCUCAUCCUAAUCUCCAAGUGGCCCAUCUGGAUUUUCCAAGACCUGGCCAUGUGUCGCGCUACAACACACACGACCCCAACUCUGGAAAUGAACUAUUCAGUAUUCCGAAUAGGCAUCUCUCUUCAACAGGCAGUCUAUUCGAUCUUGAACCAAUAAGACACCUGAUAGGAGAAUAUCCCCAUGACUUUUUUUACCAUGUUGAGUCACAAAGAGUGCCCUCCUUGAAUAAUAAUCUAAAUUCACCCGUGUCAGACCUUGACGGUCUGGACUUGACACCCGAGGGCACUGAACCACUUCUGGCCGCAUUUUUUGCCGACGUACACAUACAUUUUCCUGUUCUGAAUUGUGACACAUUCCGGCCAUUUUUCCAAGAUACGCUAAGAAGUGGACGGCAUCAGCGCAUCGAUUUAGCACUCUGCUUGAUGGUUCUCGCGUUGGGGAAACUUGCAUUAAAUAUGAGAGAGUCUGGAAUUAUUGUGGAAAGUCAGAGUGAGAAUGGAAUGGAAUAUUUUUUGGCUGGUCAUCACCUGCUAACGGCAAAUUUUUGGUCGUACUUCCAACUCGGGACAUCCAUGCCAAUGGGCCUGAUUCUUGGCUCGAUUUACCUUUCAUACAACAACUACUCUCUGGCAGCUUGGCAGCUGACAUUCAUGGCUUCUACCAAGGUUCAAAUCAUUAUUUCUCAGUACAACUCUCCCAAGGCCUUCAUAAGAGACACAAGAAGCCAGGCCUUCCCAGAGAUGCCGAAGAGACUAUUGGAAGAUUGUGCUGGGCAUAUUAUCAGAUGUGUCUCCGUGGCUAAUAAAAUCUCAUUCAGCGAUAUAUUAGCCGAGCUUCAUCUUCCCAGGAGUGGCAUCGACUCUGUAGUUCACCAAAUUCGGCUCCCGCGGUGCGAUCAGCAGGACGGCUUGCUAUUUUUAGCUCUGUGUUCUAUGAGGUCAUUACUGAACAGGAUUCACCACACGCUGUAUGCAGCACCCGAGACCUUUAUUGAGUCUGAUGAGGAAUCAAAUACUGAGGAUAGCAUUGCAUCGUCACCAAUGUUCUCCAGACUCGUUUUGACUCCAGGGCUAGAAGGUCUCAUUAAUGAGUUGACAAGGCAACUGGAAUGCUGGUACACCUCGCUUCCGGACCAAAUCAGACCCGAUUUGGAUUCAAAUACGGCAAAUGGGCCUGUUCAUCGCUGGCUUCUCUCACGAUACUGGUCUGCACAAAAUAUCAUCACCCGUCCAUGCUUGUUGUAUGCUGCAUCAGUCUCUGAUGCAUCUAGUAUACCCCCGUUCGUAGUUAUGAACUCACAAAUCUGCGUCGAAAGCUGUCGCAAAUUUGUUAACAAUGCUACCGAGGCCCUUAAAUAUCCAUCACAAUACACCUGGAUGAUGGCGCAAGCGUGUGUGCUUACCUCCAAAUUGAACUUAAUUUGCAAGGCUAAUUUUCUUAGGUGCCUGUCAUGUGCUUUAGUUUUGACAAUUGCUGCAAGAAGUACUGUCCUCAAGCCAUCAGUACCUGACUUGGAUGAUCUUCUAACGAAAAUGAUUUCUAUGAAUCGUCGCUGGGCAAAGCCAAAUUCAAGUAGCGAGUCCAUCGAUUGCAUCCUGAGUAUCAUUCAGAAAAGACAACGGUUGGAUAUACUGUGA